GCGGCCGCGACCCGCGCGCUGUCCCGUCUCCCGGCGCGCUCCCGCUCGGUCACGUGGCCUGGAGGAGGCGGAGCUGCGGCCGGGCUGCCGUGGGUGUCCUGGGCGCUUGGCAGCUAGCGGGCCGACCCCCUCCCCCGGUGCGACGGGCCCAAGGCCGGGCCCUCCGUCCGCUGCCAGCCGCGGACACGGCGGAGGCUCCCCCAGGGUUUUCGCUUGAGCACUGCUGGAGGAUACUAUUGUUUAAAAAUGCUUAGUAGUCUGGGGUUAACAAAGAGCUGCAUAAAUGGCAUAAAUUAAGGAAGUCUCUGGGGGGAUCAUCUUGGUCAACUUGAGUACUUCUGAUAGUCAAGUUCUGAAGAAUUCUGUGAACCAACUCCCUUGAGUUUUCUCUGGCAGACCAACAGUCCUGAUAUUACGAUGGCUACGAUUUUCAAGAUCAGCUUGUUUGUCUUGCAACCCCUGAUACUGGGUCGCCUGCAUCUCCUUAACGUCUGACUGGCUUGCAUUGCUGGAAAAUAGCCAUGGUUUUGGAUGAUCUACCUAACUUAAAAGAAACCUACACUUCCUUGCUCUCCUCAACUAUGGAAGACUUAGAGGUGGAUUUUGACUCCAGACUGGAAGAAGAUGACCUGAAACAGGAUGGUACUUGUGAAGGUUCCACCAUCUUUGUCGCUUUUAAAGGAAAUAUAGAUGACAGAGACUUUAAACAGAAACUGGAUAUCAUAUUGAAGAAUGUACCUGGUCUUUUACACAUGGAAUCCAACAAGUUAAAAUUGCAGAAGGUAGAACCCUGGAACAGUGUACGUGUUACAUUUAAUAUACCCCGUGAAGCUGCAGAGCGGCUGCGAAUUCUGGCUCAGAGCAACAACCAGCAGCUCCGUGACUUGGGAAUUCUCUCUGUUCAGAUUGAAGGUGAAGGUGCCAUCAACUUGGCUUUAGGUCAAAAUAGAAGUCAAGAUGUCAGGAUUAAUGGGCCCAUGGGAGCAGGCAAUUCAAUACGAAUGGAGACAGGAUUUCCCAUUCAAAGUGGCCAAGGGUUAAUAAGAAUGAACAACCCUGCAACUGUUAUGAUGUCCCAGAGUGGAAAUGUUUCCUCUUCUAUGAUGGCAAGUGGAGCUAAUGCAGAGCUGCAGCCCAGGACACCUCGACCUGCUUCACAGUCAGAUUCAAUGGAUCCACUCUUGUCUGGACUAACUAUCCAGCAGCAAAAUCAUCCAUCUGGCUCUUUAGCACCUCAGAUCCAUUCAAUGCAAUCAGUUCCUGUAAACAGACAAAUGAACCCAGCUAAUUUUCAGCAACUGCAGCAACAGCCACAGCUGCAGCCACGUCCCCCCCAGCAACAUCAGCAGCCACAACAGGGUAUUCGACCUUCAUUUACUACCCCAGCUCAGGUUCCAGUUCCUCCUGGUUGGAACCAGCUGCCUUCAGGAGCACUUCAACCUCCUCCAAGCCAAGGAACAAUGGGUACUUUGACAGUAAACCAGGGAUGGAAAAAGGCCCCAUUGCCUGGACAAAUGCAGCAACAACUCCAAGCAAGGCCAUCUUUAGCAACAGUCCAGACUCCCUCCCACCCUCCACCUCCAUACCCUUUUGGAAGCCAGCAAGCCUCUCAGGCUCAUCCAAACUUUUCUCAAAUGAACAACCCUGGUCAAUUUACUGCUCCGCAGAUGAAAAAUCUUCAGGGGGGGCCCUCACGGGUUCCUACACCACUACAGCAACCCCACCUGACCAGCAAAUCUCCUGCUUCUUCUCCCUCCUCCUUCCAGCAGGGAUCUCCUGCAUCUUCUCCAACAGUUAACCAAACACAGCAGCAGAUGGGACCAAGGCCUCCUCAGAAUAAUGCACUUCCCCAGGGAUUUCAACAGCCUGUCAGUUCUCCUGGUCGUAAUCCUAUGGUGCAACAGGGGAAUGUACCCCCCAACUUCAUGGUGAUGCAGCAGCAAAACCAAGGUCCCCAAGGUUUACAUCCUGGCUUAGGAGGAAUGCCCAAGCGCCUCCCACCUGGCUUCCCUGGAGGGCAAACUAAUCAAAACUUCAUGCAAAGUCAGGUGCCUUCAACAGUACCCGGUACACCUGUGAGCAGUGGAGCCCCUCAGCUACAAACAAGUCAAAAUGUGCAACAUCCAGGCGGUCAAGGAUCUGGCCCUCCUCAAAAUCAGAUGCAGGUACCACAUGGCCCACCAAAUCUGAUGCAGACCGGUUUAAUGGGACUUCAUGGAAAUAUAAACAACCAGCAGGCUGGUGCUAGUGGAGUUCCACAAGUUAAUCUGGGCAACAUGCAGGGACAGCCUCAGCAAGGACCACAGUCUCAGCUUAUGGGAAUGCAUCAGCAAAUUGUACCCUCCCAAGCACAAAUGGUGAACAUUCAGGCUCAAGGAUCUCUAAAUCCACAAAACCAGAUGAUACUUUCUCGAGCCCAGCUUAUGCCACAAGGCCAAAUGAUGGUAACACCCCAAAACCAAAAUCUUGGUCCGUCACCACAAAGGAUGACUCCACCCAAGCAAAUGAUUCCCCAGCAGGGCCAACAGAUGAUGACGACACAUAAUCAAAUGAUGGGACCUCAAGGCCAGGUCUUGCUACAGCAAAACUCAAUGAUGGAACAGAUGAUGACCAAUCAGAUGCAAGGCAAUAAACAACCAUUUAAUACUCAAAACCAAUCUAAUGUUAUGACGGGGCCAGCUCAAAUAAUGCGAGGACCAACCCCAAAUAUGCAAGGAAACAUGGUGCAGUUCACCAUGGCACAGCAAGGCCCUGUAAAUGGCAAUCCUUCUCAGGUUAUGGGAAUUCAAGGACAGGUUUUAAGACCCACAGUACCUGGCCCCCACAUGUCUCAGCAACAUGGGGAUUCUGUUACUACAACAAACAGUGAUGUAAACUUGACACAGAUGUUACCUGAAGUUCCCAUACAGCAGCCAAAUAUGGUGCCUUCCCACUUGCAGGCAAUGCAAGGAAACAAUAAUAAUUCGGGGAGUCAUUUUACUGGACAUGGGCUACCUUUUAAUGCCUCUUUUAGUGGACCACCAAAUGGGAAUCAGAUUUCCUGUGGACAAAAUCCUGGUUUUCCAGUCAAUAAAGAUGUCACUCUAACAAGUCCGCUGUUGGUAAACUUGCUACAAAGUGAUAUAUCUGCUGGACAUUUUGGUGUGAACAACAAACAGAACAAUCAGAAUGCCAAUAAACCCAAAAAGAAAAAGCCUCCAAGGAAGAAGAAAAAUAAUCAGCAAGUAGAACAAACUAAUUCUUCAGAAACACGUCCAGCUGGCCUGGAGGAGACUGAUCAGCCACCGUUGCCUGGAGAUCAAGGAAUGAAUUUAGAGAACACUGGCCCCAAACUUUCAGAUUUCACAAACAGACCACCAGGUUAUCCGUCUCAGCCAGCUGAACAAAGGCCUCUUCAGCAAAUGCCACCUCAACUUAUGCAACAUGCACAGCAGCAGCAACAGCAGCAGGCGCCGCCACCCCAGGCACAGCCACCAACUCAGCAACAACAGCAACAAAUGAUGAUGAUGCUUAUGAUGCAACAGGAUCCUAAAUCAGUCAGGCUUCCUGUGCCACAUGGUGUUCAUCCACCUAGGGGCCCUUUAAAUCCAGAGACUCAAAGAAUGCCAAUGCAGCAGAGUGGUAACAUGUCAGUAAUGGUUAGUUUACAAGGUCCUGGAUCAGUACCUCCAUCUCCUGAUAAGCAGAGAAUUUCUUUGCCAGGCAAUCCUCCUCUGGGGAAUAGUGCAAGAAAGAUGGUUUACCAAGAUAAUGUACAGAAUCCUUCCAGUUCACCACUGGGAGAAGUUUCAUCAGUGCCCUCUCUCGCAGAAGGAAAUGGAGCUGAUGGGCCGCCAGCAUCAGGGGCUCAAAAUAAUAUGACCUCUCAUUUAGUAGUUUCACAAACUCAGUUAAUGAUGACGGGGCCAAAACCUGGACCUUCUCCACUUUCAGCUUCCCAAGGUGCAAGUCCUCAACAACAAUCUAAUUCUUUACCUGGCUCUCAUACACACCAUUUCCCAAAUGUUGCCACCCCAUCUCAAACUUCAAGGCCUAAAACCCCAAACAGAGCAAGCCCAAGACCAUACUAUCCUCAGACUCCUAAUAAUCGUCCACCUAGCACAGAACCUUCAGAAAUAAGCUUAUCUCCAGAGAGACUUAAUGCUUCUAUUGCGGGUCUCUUUCCUCCCCAAAUUAAUAUUCCUUUGCCUCCAAGGCCUAAUCUUAACAGAGGAUUUGAUCAGCAGGGUCUUAAUCCAACUACCUUGAAGGCCAUUGGACAAGCCCCAUCAAAUCUCACAAUUAACAAUCAGUCUGGUUUUGCUGCUCCACAGUCACACAAGUUGGAUACUGUUGUUGUCAAUUCAGGAAAGCAAGCCAACACUGGAGGAACAAAGCGAGCAAGUCCAAGCAAUAGCAGAAGGUCCAGUCCUGGAUCUAGUAGGAAAACCACGCCAAGUCCUGGCAGACAAAAUUCAAAAGCAGCUAAAUUAGCAUUGCCGACUCCACAGAACCCAUCACUUUUGCAAAACAUGGAAUUACAAAGAAACAUGGUAGUUGGUCCAACUUCUUUGCCAACGCCUGUGACAACAAGUUUUCCAAAUAACAACAUGCUGAAUACUCAGAAUCCUGCAAUUUCUGUAUCUGUUAUGACUGGCAUUCCUGAGGACAGCAAAGAGACCCUUAAUGUUUCUCAAGAUAAUGAAUGUCAGAGUACACAGGCUGUCCAGGGUAACAAAGACCAGCCUAAUAUUGAACUAAAAGGCAUUCCCAGCCAAGAAAUCAAAAUGUUGGUCCCUGAAGAACAAUCAAAAAAAGAUGGGCCAUCUUUAGAUACCAACAGGCUUCCCGGCUUAGAGGAAAAUAAGACUAUGAGAGAGGCACCAACUUCCUUAAGUCAACUUCUUGAUAAUUCUGGAGCUCCCAAUGUAACCAUUAAACCCCCUGGGCUCACCAGUCUUGAAUUACCAUCAAUGGUGACCUCUGGCGAAGAGCUAAAGAAGAUAGCUGUUGUUCCUCCACUACAGGAUUCCUCUUCAAGCAAAGAACUUUCUAGUUCCUUAAGCUUGCCUCAGAAUAAUGAAGCUUGUUCAACUCAAGUGCACCAAGAACUAGGAGAGAUGAAUUUAAAUGUUACACAGAAUGUCCCUCCAGUAAUACAAAGACCUGUUAGCUCCUCCUCUAUUUCGACUUCUUUACCACCCAAUCAGAUAACAGUUUUUGUAACUUCAAACCCCAUUACAUCUUCUGCUAACACAUCAACACCAUUGCCAUCUCAUUUACAGCCUACAUUAGUCUCUACUGUCGUCACAAUGCCCAAUGUAGGUAACAAAGUUAUGGUUUCUGAGGGACAAUCAGCAGUUCAGUCUAAUUCCCGGCCUCAGUUCAUUACACCAGUUUUUAUAAACUCAUCUUCAAUCAUUCAGGUUAUGAAAGGAUCUCAGCCAAGUACAAUUCCAACUGCACCAUUGACCUCUAACUCUAAUUUAAUGCCUCAGUCAGUUGCAGUUGUUGGUCCUCUGCACAUACCACAGAACAUAAAGUUUUCAUCAGGGCCUGCUCCUCCUAAUAGUCCUGUCCCUAGUAUACCAACAAGCAGGUCACUGGUUCUUAAUCCACUGGCAGCUCCUAUUCAGCUUCCUUCUCCCCCGUCUAUGGCAUCUUCAAAUGUUCUUCCGCAUCCUCAUGUUCAACAAGUCAAAGAUUUUAACCCAGAUGAGUCCAGUUCUCAAGCUAGUGUAUCAGCUGAUCAGUGCUCUGUAACGGUGACACAGUCUGGAGCUGUGGUUUCAUCUCUUCUAACAAGUAGUCCGGGAUCUUCUGGAAACAGGCGAAGUCCAGUUUCAUCCGGUAAGGGAAAGGGAAAAGUGGACAAGAUUGGUCAAUUUUUGCUGACCAAAGCAUGUAAAAAAGUUACAGGCUCCCUUGAAAAAGGGGAGGAACAACAUUCUUUGGAUGGAGAAGUUGAAGGCCAGGGGCUAGAAAUAUCAGUCCCUAAUAGUCUGGGAACAGAGCAAAUACCUGUAGAACUAGACAAUAGAACUGUAACACCUCCAGCACUCAGUCUUCUAAGACAGAGCACUUCUGGGCCUGGGAAUUUGAGUGUUAGCACGGCUGCUACUGUAUCUGCUUCUAUAUCUCCAAGCUUAUCAAGCAACACUCCUCCCACAAAUGUACUGUCGGUAGUAACCACUCCUGUAAUCUCAGAGCUUGCACCCACCGCUCCAAGCACUAAUAGUAACCGUGGUGGUUUACCAGAUGAGCAAAUUGGGAUUGGCUUAGUGGAGGAAAAAGGAGGAGCACAUCAGGAAUUGCCACAGAAUAUAGCAUCUUCACAACAUUUAACCCAGAAGGAAACUCCAGUUGCAACACCAGAAAGUGCUGUUCAAAGAACAGAACUUGAAGCAAAUGCUGCAGUAGUUGCUGGCCAAAGUAAUGAGGCAAAAGAGAGUUGUGAAAAGUCUAAAACUCCGAGUAGAAGAAAUUCAAGAACAGAGGAAUCUGCUGCCUCACAGGAAACAGUGGAGAAUGGACAGCGCAAGAGGUCCUCCAGGCCAUCAUCUGCCUCUAGCACCGCAAAAGAAACGAAUGCCAGUGCAAUGCAGUCAAAAAGAAGAAAAUCCAAGUAAAGUACUGCAUGGAAACACAAGACUUGCAAAUGAGUGUGAAUUUACCAAUAGCAAUUUUGAGUUGUGAUUUUUCUUUUUUUUGAAAAAAGAAUAAAAUUAUGUACAGUAAAGUCAUCUGAAUAUUAUAAUGUUCCCAGUAAGUACAAGAUUUUUUUCUAAAAACAAAUAAAUGGAUAUAAAAUUGGGUUAUUGUUAAACCCUCUGGUAUGGGAAGGUGAAGUCCAGAGUUAGCGCAUUAGGAUAAUGUGUUGUAAGAAAUGCAAGGGAGGAGGGAGGGAAAGGCAGUUGUAAACUUAUUUCUAAGUUUGCACUUUUCAUUAAAAAAAAUUAGAUUACAGGGUUGCCAUUUUUAGGUAUUAAAACGAUGUAUUGUGCUGUUGUUUUAAGUACUGUAUGUGAAUAGCAGUAAGAGGGUUACAGGCAAACCCUAUCUUGUUUGGAAAUGUAAAUAUUUUUAUUAUAAAGUAGAUCUGAUGUAUUUGUUGUAGAAACGGACCAGUGAAAUACAAAUAAAUUGAAGGGUUUGUAUAAUGUGGAAUCCCUAAUGCUCUAAAUAAAUGUUGUUGUCCUAUAA